UUUGUCAGAACUUAUAAAUAAUUGAAUCAAGCUAUAAACAAAAUAUUAAACAAUGAGUAAUAUUUAUAUUCAGGAACCACCGACUUCAGGAAAGGUUCUCCUCAAGACUACCGCUGGUGACAUAGAUAUAGAAUUAUGGUCUCGGGAAUGUCCCAAAGCAUGUCGCAACUUUAUACAACUUUGUAUGGAAGGAUACUACACUGGCACAAUUUUUCAUCGCGUAGUCAAAGGUUUCAUUGUACAAGGUGGUGAUCCCAAUGGCGAUGGAACUGGUGGAGAAUCCAUUUACGGUCACACAUUUAAGGAUGAAUUUCAUUCUCGUCUACGUUAUGCGCGGCGUGGACUUGUUGGAAUGGCAAAUGCCGAUAAAGAUGAUAAUGGGUCACAGUUUUUCUUCACUUUGGCCGCCACACCGGAGCUUCAAAACAAAAACACGCUUUUCGGCAAGGUGACAGGUGAUACUUUGUACAAUAUGCUAAAACUGGAGGAGGGUUUAGUGGAUCAUAAUGAACGUCCCAUGUAUCCUCAAAGGAUAUUGGGCGUUGAAAUAUUAAGCAAUCCUUUUAACGAUAUAGUGCCACGAAAAGUAGCAAAAGAAAUUAAAAAGGAAAAGACGAAGAAACGAGAAAAGGGAGUCAAAAAUUUUGGGUUGCUUUCAUUUGGUGAAGAAGCAGAGGAAGAUGAGGAAGAAACUAAUCAAUUUGUACAAAAAAAUGCGGGGAAGGCAAAAUCAAUGCACGAUGUGGUAGAUGACCCCAAACUUAGCAAGGAUGCUUUACGUAUCGAAGAUACCAACAUAAGGUCAGAUGAUGAAGAGAUGUUGGAAGAGGAACGAAGACUGGCAUGUGUCAAAAAUGAACCAGUGAAUGAUGAUGAUAUAGAGGAGCGUCGGCAGCGAAUCAAAGAUAAAUUGCAGACAAAUGCGGCUAAAAAAGUAAUUAAAACGGAAGCAGUUGAAAUAAAAGAGGAAUUGUCUGACUCUGAUGAAGAUGUUCUGCUGACACAGGAGCAGGAGCAAAAAAUAAAAAGCGAAUUGAAGAGGAAUGAAAUUCGACAAGAAAUUCAAAACCUGAAGAAACAAUAUCAAACUGAAAAACGUCAAAGAGAAAAUUUGGGUGAUAAAAAAACGGAGAAGAGUAAAAUUGACGAAUUAAAUGUUAACCCCGCUGAGGAUAAUGAAUUCAUAAAAAAUUUUGUUGAUGAAAAAGUGAAAUACAAUGGCUUAAAAUCAAAAAUACCAAAAAAGGGUGCCAGCCGAGAAGAUUUUACUUUAAGCUUACUAUCGAAAUUUCGAAAUAAAUUGGAUGCACUUAAACAGAAGCAAUCUGAAUCGAAUGAAAUCAAUGAGUCUUUAGAUGAUGGAACCAUAGAGAAAGAAAUUCAGGGCGACGAUUGGUUGGCGCACACAUUAAAGUUCGAAGAAGCGACACCCAUAUUGGCGAAGGAUGCGUCCACUAAGGGUGACGAUUGGUACGAUGCAUAUGAUCCUAGAAAUCCGCUUAACAAACGUAAAAGAGGAGAAGGUUCUAAAAGUGGGGGAAGUAGUAGUAAAAGUUCUAAACGGCAUUAGUGAAAAUUUGAAACAUAUUUAUUUUGGUAUCAAAAUAUAAAACUUGGAAGAAAAGAAUUUACAAUA